UGGCAGAGUUUGAACAAAGGUCCUGCGACAAUACGCUGAAAUGGAUCAACCACAUGGCAACAAAACAAGAACUUAGCAGCAUUUGGGUCGACGUCAAGGGGAGGCUGCCAGUUAAAAUCACUGGAAACCAGAUUAAGCAGGGGAUCCUUAAACCGGUCGAGAUUGACAGCUUCAUUUUGGGAGGUACUAUCCGCUUGCUCAGGGAAUUCGAGAGGAACAUGAUGGCCCACAGAGCCAAUAUCGCUGCAAGGCACUACAUCCCGCCCGAAUGGACUUCAUAUGUAACACAGCCAAACUACGAAGGCCACAUCUCCCUGCAGUACUUCAAAAGCAGCCCUAUAGGAUAUGAUCUAAGCACAUGCACACUGCUACUGGCACCCGUUCGCGUCGGCCAAGGCUGGUCAUGCUACGCCCUCAACAUCGAAAGCAGGACCCUCACCGUGAUGGACCCUUUGCUUAAGGAAGAAGGGGGGACCAUCCGCACCAAGUGGCAUGAGAUGACAGCUAGGAAGGUGCUCCAAGAAGCAAUGAGAUGCUUCGACUGCGUCAGGAGGGUCGCAACCGAAGAAAACACCAGGUGGAAAGUAACCAUACAAAUGAUGCCAGAAGAAAAGUGCUCGGUAUGGGACACCGGGAUCUAUACGAUCACAUGCAUGCGGUGGUACGCACCGGAAGUUAAUGUCAGUAUCGUGACGCUGGACGAGCGCACGGCAUACGAAACUAGGAAGCAACUGGCGCACGACCUGAUCCACAUGGAGUGCAACCGUGCCCACCUGCCGCACAGACUUCCAACCCCACCACAAUGAGGCCCAGUGCAAGAGAUUUAUGAUUCAGAUCAUCAACUUCCGGAAGAAACUACCAUUUCUGAUGUAGUCGUUUUAAUUAAUUGCUUUUGCCAUGCUUGUUUGUAAUGCGUCUCAAGAACAUUUGGCUCUACCGGCUUUUGUAAGCAGGCGCAAGACGCCUUUGUAUGGACCAGCAGAUAUUUCCUUAUUCAACCGCUUUUGGAUUCACGUUGAUCUUA